AUGUCUCUCUCGCCUCGAGAUGCCACCUAUAACUGCGGUCCAAGGCUACUGAGAGAUAUUUGGACGCUUACUGGUAUCGCCAUUGUGAUAGUCAUCUUGAGGGUGAUUGCAAAAAUAAGGAUCCGAAAAAUUGGCUGGGAUGACAUUCUCAUGGUUUCAUCAUUGUGUCUCACUAUAGUCGGAUCAGCUCUGCUUACCGUCGGUGUCAGGCAUGGGUUCUGUCGCCAUGUUUGGGAUCUGGACACAAAUUCGGUCGUUCCCAAAGUUAUUAUGUUCGACUAUUUGACACAGACAUUCGGCAUUGCUGGCGGUACUUUGGGUCGCAUUUCCUUUAUUGUCUUCGUCAUUGGCCUACUUGGCACCAGAAGAUCACACAGAGUGAUACUGUGGAUCAUAGCUGGGUUACAAAUCUUGACGAACUUGAUAUUGAUCAUCAUUUUAUUUGUUCAAUGUCCAGGACAUGCUUCUGCUAUCUGGACUCAGACUGGGAAACAUAAAUGUUGGGAUGUCCGCAUCCAAGCAUACUACGGGUACUAUCAAGGCUCAUUUAAUUCAGCGACAGAUCUUUAUCUGGCAGUAUUUUCAACAUACAUAUUCUGGAAUUUGAAUUUGAAGUUAAGAGUCAAGUUGGGCUUGGUCACACUCCUCGGAUUGGGCAUUUUUGCAAUGGCAGCUUCCGUUAUUAAAGUAGUGCAAACUCAAGUGCUCGCACACGCAGCCGAUGAUCCAACGGUCGCAACCGUCAACUACAAUCGUUGGCUAUACAUCGAAGCCUACCUAGUCAUCAUAACAGCGUCAAUACCUUGUAUUAGAUCCAUACUCCGAUCUGUUCGAGGGCGGACAGCUGGAACGGGACAGAGCACAUACGAGUUGAGUUCGCCAUAUGGUGGAAACUCCAUGCCCACAUCUAGGUCCCGGAGGUUGACAGCAAUACCCGGAAAGUCGAUGAUACGUAUUUCUGAUAAUUCUAGUGCGGAUGAUAUUUUGGAGUGGAAUGAUGAGAUUGGAGUACACGAGAGGACGGACUCGAAACAAUCGAUACAUGUCCAGGUAUAG